CCCGCCAUCAAAAAUGCCGAAAUAUAAGUCCUACCUAUUUUGUUUAUCUUCUUGGAACAUGUUUUUGCUCCGACUCUGUUCCUGUUUAUGUGUUGCACUUCGGAAAUCCCCUGCUGACAUUUCAAUUUACUCUUCUGUAGGUUCUUCCCGUCAGUUUACCGGCUGCGUUUUCGCAUAAUCGUUUCAUUUUAGCCUCGAACGUUUCGAUAACAAAAAUUGGCGAGGCCAAUGUAAAUGGAUAUCGUCAGUGCUAACAGAUGUGCCUAGGUGAUUACUGCGAUGUAUACCUGACACAUGACUCGAUGAGUGUGCGGAAGGCACACAAUUCAGGCCGUAAUCAUUUACGAAAUGUCGUCGAAUAUUACCAAGAAAUCGGUCAUGAGAAAGCACAGUCUGUCAUCGAUUCUAUAACAAAUUCGUAUGCGGCCGAAGGCCAGGCAAGCUCGAAUCCCAUGCUUCAACAACCAGGCGCACCGGGAGCAUAUCCGCCACCACCAUUUGGCUUCCCUGGUCGGCCGGGAAUGCCCCCACACCCACCGUUCGGUAUGCCCGGCGCACCUCCUGGAGCACCACCUGGAGGGAUGAUUACACCCCCAGGAGGUCGUGGCAUGCCACCUUUCCCCCCACCACCCCCCUUCGCCCCAAACGCCGCAGGUCCAUCUGGCGGAGCCCCAAUGCCCGGCGACCUCCCACCCAUCGCACUCCCCAACAUGCCACCAGGCAGCAUCCCAUUCCCCCCACCAGGAGGCUUCCCCCCUAACUUCCAAUUCCCCCCACCGGGCGCAGCGGGCUUUCCUCCACCGCCCAUCCCAGGCCAAGGCCCAGGGCAAAAUCCAAGUCCUGGUCCAGGGGCGGCGGGUGCACCCCCAGUACCACCAUCUGGUUUUCCUAUGUCUGGUGCCCCACCUCCUCCUGGGCAGUCUCAGUCUCCGGGGUUGGUCCCGCCGCCGGGCGCGCCGCCAAAGUCAGUAUCGCCGCCGGGUACUACCAGCCAGGAGGGGAAAUGA